AUGGCUUCCUCGACCCAGUUGCCCUAUCACCGUCCAUCUCGGCAGGGCUCCAGGCAAGCUGCCAGGGACAGUCGAGACGAUAUUCAAGUUCAGAUUGACCACUACAUUGGUAUCGACGUUGGAACAGGAAGUGCUCGUGCGUGUAUCAUUGAUAGCAAGGGUGACAUUGUGGGCUUAGCAUCUGAAAAUAUCGGGCUUUGGCAGCCUCAACAAGGAUACUAUGAACAAUCUACAGGUGACAUUUGGCGCUGCAUCUGUGUUGCUGUUCAGCGUGCCAUCAGUCAGCACAACGUCGACCCAGAUACCGUAAGGGGCAUCGGCUUUGAUGCAACUUGCUCAUUGUCGGUGUUUUCCAAUGUUACUGAUGUGCCUAUUUCUGUGACCGGUCCCAAUUUCGAUUCGGACCGCAAUGUCAUCCUCUGGCUGGAUCAUCGCCCCGUGGAUGAGACAGAAAAGGUCAAUGCCACGAACCACAACCUGCUUCGCUACGUGGGUGGGAGAAUGUCCAUUGAAAUGGAGAUCCCCAAGGUUCUGUGGUUGAAGAAUAACAUGCCUAAGGAACUGUUUGACCAGUGCAAAUUUUAUGAUCUGGCCGAUGCAUUAACUCAUAUCGCCACCGGCAAUGAGAAGAGGAGCUUUUGUAGCGUUGUUUGCAAACAAGGCUAUGUUCCCGUUGGCGUUGAUGGAAGUGUCAAGGGAUGGCAAGAAGACUUUCUGACCGAGAUUGGUCUUGAGGAUCUUUCAAAAGACGAUUUUAAGCGUAUGGGAGGUGUUGAUGGGGUGAACGGAGAUUAUCUUAGUGCCGGUGAACUAGUCGGAACACUGUGCGAUAAAGCAGCUGCCGAACUCGGUCUUCCGGCAGGAAUUGCCAUAGGAAGCGGCGUCAUUGAUGCAUAUGCAGGUUGGAUUGGUACCGUUGGGGCUAAAGUUAAUCUGGAGUCGGACCAGCUGAGCUCCAACGUCGCCAAAAAUGAUAAGACGCAGGCCUUCUCCCGUCUGGCUGCGGUCGCCGGGACUUCGACUUGUCAUUUAGCAAUGUCACCAAAUCCAGUCUUUGUCCCGGGUGUAUGGGGCCCCUAUCGAGACACGAUUCAACCGGGCUACUGGAUGGCUGAGGGAGGCCAGUCAGCUACAGGCGAAUUGCUCAAGCAUGUUAUCGAAACGCAUCCUGCUUUCAACCAGGCGGUUUCGAUUGCAGAGUCGUACAAUUCGAAUAUCUAUGAAUACUUGAAUGAGCACCUGAAAGAGAUGGCCCAUGAGCAAAAAGCUCCCAGUGUCUCCUAUUUGGGGCGCCACUUCUUCUUCUACGGUGACCUUUGGGGCAAUCGAUCUCCCAUCGCAGACUCUGCGAUGACGGGCUCCGUGGUCGGUCUUUCGAGCGACAAAUCCGUGGAUGGUCUGGCAAUCUACUACUAUGGAACACUCGAAUUCAUUGCCCUGCAAACUCGCCAGAUUGUUGAGACCAUGAACCAGGCUGGUCACAGCAUAACCUCCAUCUUCAUGUCUGGCUCGCAAUGCCAGAAUGACAUAUUGGUGAGGCUGAUUGCAUCUGCGUGUGGCAUGCCUGUUCUUAUUCCCCGAUACAUUCACGCUGCUGUUUGCCAUGGUGCAGCAAUGCUUGGUGCCAAGGCUGCCAGUGCCGACGCCGACGGCCGCACAGAAGAUCUGUGGGAAAUUAUGGACCGUAUGAGCAAGCCUGGGAAAAAGAUUGCCCCCACGGAUGACGUGAACGAAAGGCGCUUGCUUGAUGUCAAGUACAAAGUCUUCCUCGAGCAGUGCUACAAACAGCAAGAAUACCGCGCCCAGGUUGAUCAAGUUGUGAAUACUUGGAAGCAAGCGUGA